AUGAGUUUCACUCCUACAGAGGAACCCAUACCGUCAUAUGAAAGGUCUCAGCUGUUACACCGAACCGCGUCUAGCCGGAGAAUGGCUCGGAAUAGCAGUCAUUCCCUGUCAAAUUUGAACAUAUCCAAGAUUGUAUCAGAGGACAUCAAGAAACAGCAAGAGUCCCUCAGGAUUAUGGGACUGGCGAUUCUGAGUUCUAGACAACAUUUGGCACUUUCCUUUUGCAAAGACAUUCCUUUGAUUAUCAUUGCCAUUGAUUUAUAUGGCUGUUUGAAAAACUGUUGGACUCCACGGACCCACCAGCACAGCAUCACGUCUGCCAAGUCCUCAGAGUAUGUUCUCGGAGGCAUCUGGUGUCUUGUAUCGGGCUAUUUGACAUAUUCGAUACUGGAUGGGCUGAUGGUACGCUGGAUUGUGACUUAUUCCAGCUGGGGCGCAAUAGUCCGGAUGUUGUCCAUGUCAUUAUUGAUUGUUAUUGUCAUUCAGUUACUAUCGAUUGUGUGCAACCCUGAUGGACUAUAUUAUUUGCCUGCUUGGGUACUGAUAUCGUGCCUGCUCACAGUAAUAUACAUUAUACAAAGUUAUGUGACCUCCAACUUAAGGAUCAAAAGUCAUCUGGAGGAGCCAUAUGCGGAGGGAGUAAUUUCCCUGCCCAUUAUUCCUAGACCAGAUGAUAAGGUCAAAAGAACAGUGGACAUCUACAACAUUGCCGUGUUUGCGGUUGUCCCCAUUGGGAUAGCCAGUUUUGUCACGAUGGUGGGUCUAAUAAGAAUACUGCUAAUCAUGCGCUUUGAUGUUGGUUCUGUGACUAACACGGUUUCUAAUAUUGCUAUUCCCCAAUAG